CUUAUGGAUAUAAAGAAAGUCAUUUAGCAAUAUGUCAUAUUUAUUCUUUUAUGUUGGGACGUAAAAUUUCAUCUAUCUUUUUUCUGGUCACAUUGGCCCAUUUAUAACGAAAAAAGGAAAAUAUUUAAUAAGAUCACUCUGACCAUUUAUAACUAAAAAAGGAAAAUAUUGGACAGAUCUCGGAAAACUUAGAUAUCCCAACUUUGAAUUUGAAAAAAAUACUAUUGACAAGCUUAUGGAUUCAGACAAAUCUACUAUUACAAAUGUUUAACGACUUUACAAAAAUCGGGUUCAGAAUAGGAAAAAUAUUGUCGGCUACCUUAUUAACUAAAGCACGUAAACCUGCAUAUAAAUUACAAGUUGAUUUUGGAGAGAUAGGAAAAAAGGUGUCCUCGGCUCAAUUGCCUGCUAAUUAUGAAGUGGACCAAGUAGUGGGAAAGACGGUUGUAGGCGUUGUUAAUCUUCCACCACGCCGUAUUGCAGGAGUUAAAUCGGAAGCUUUAAUUGUUGGAUUUCCUGAUUCACAGGGUAACGUUUUUCUUCUUAAUACCCGUUCUCAGGAAACAGCCAAUGGCAGUCAAUUGGCUGAGUGCGGUCAACAUGUCGACGAGAUUAAUUAUGAUGACUUUCAAAAGGCUGAUAUUCGGUCGGCAACAGUCCUAUCUGUUGAACCAUUAGAAGAAAAUGAAGGUGCUUUCCACGUAAAAUUAGAUGCUGGAAAAUACGGAGAAAAAUUGGGUUUCUUGAAUGAUAUUGAUCAAGAAACAGUAAAUACUCUGAUUGGUAGUCAAGUAGCAGCGCUUUUAAAUUUGGAACCUGAAGAUAUACCAGACCAGCGAUGUAAUACUCUUUUACUCACGUUUCAUGCCGUUCAGAGUGACAAUACUAAGAAAGCUAUUCGUCUGCCAUUGGGAGUAGAUGGAAAUGGGCAAGUAGUUAACGGAGAAAAACUUUUCUAAGUUUGAAUAUAGGAUUAGAGCCCCCUCUAUAGUCACCCCCUCUAUAGUCACAUCCCCCCUUAUAAG